CAUAUCUCUCUCUAUUGUUUUUUCAUUUCUUAGUUUCAUUAAUAUCAUAGUUUAUGAAUAAUACUACAAGUACUAUGUAAAAUAUGCCUUAAAUAAAGAUAUCGUACAAUUCAAAAUGCUUUUGUUGGAAUGCAAUUUAAACUCCAAAAUUCAGAAUUUAAUGAGGAAGUGUGGUCAGGUCGCUGUUACUUUUAAGUGUCAGUCUUCACUCACUCACUCAACAUCGUUUCAAAUUUCAGAGCAAAAGUCUCUAAACCCAAAGCCUCUCCACUUAAUUGCCUAUUCUUCAAAAGGCGAGUUUCCUUUACCAAGCUUGCAAAGUUAUCUAAACUCCAAACGAUAUCUAAAACGCGUGUACUCAUUUCUCUUAUUCUUUCUUCUUAAGCCAUGACUAAAGAUGAAGACUUUAAGCUCCUAAAGAUCCAGACGUUUUCACUCAGAGUCAACAUUCACUGCGAGGGCUGUAACAAGAAAGUCAAGAAACUUCUUCAGAGGAUCGAAGGAGUUUGCCACGUGAAGAUAGAAGCAGAACAUCAAAAGGUGACUGUUUCAGGGUCAGUUGACUCAGCCACACUCAUCAACAAGCUUGUUAAAGCCGGGAAACACGCCGAGCUUUGGUCUCCUAACCCAAACCAAAACCAGCCUCAAAAGCCCAAGACUAACGACUUCAUCAAGAACGUUAAUCAAAAGGGUCAGAAGCAGGGGUCUGCCAAAAGUGGUAUUGAAGCCUGUAAACCCAAGAACGGCCCUAAAGGUGCAGCCUUUGUAGCUGAGGAAGAUGGAGAUGGCAGUGAAGAGGAAGACGGAGAUGUCCAGUUUCCUAAACCGGCGAAUCAGCAGCAGCAACAAAACGUCGUCAACGCCAAGAAAAACAGUGGAGGAGCUGCGAUGAACAAUGGAAACAACGGAGUCAACGCAGCAUCAAAGAAAGUCAACCAAAAACAGAGCAACCAUAACCAGAACACUCAACAAGUAAUGGCGGCUAUGAGAAUGAGAACCGCCGGGAAAAUGAGCACUGGUGUUGAAGCCAACGAGAUUGGAGCUCUCAUGGGUCUUGCUGGCUUCAACGGCGCAACCAACGCAGUGAAUCACCCUCCAAAUGGGAUUCAACAACAGCUUCAAGCUCCACCGUUAAACAACGUCAACGGCGUCACUAAUCACAACCUCACCAAUAGUAAUGGAGGCAUGAUGAUGAACAUGAAUGGGUACAAUAAUCAUCAUCCAAUGAACAUGCAGAGUAGGCAAAUGAUGCAUCAGCCUCAGCAAAUGAUGUACCAAAGAUCAUCUUUCGUUCCAGCAUCAAGCAAUGGGUAUUAUUACAAUUAUACCCCUAGUCCCUACAGUUAUUAUCCUUAUUACCCUUACGCAAGUGAUCAGUACCAACAACAAAGUAGUCAUUCACAUGCAACAAACAUGUCUAGUGAAGAAGACGCUGGUAAUAACAAUAGCUGCAACAUCAUGUAAAGUGUGGAUGCUUGCUAAGGAAGAUAUCUAUCUUUUGCUUUUGGAAACAAGACUUAAAAGUUUAAUCUUUUCUGGAGUGUGAUAUAUUAGUGUUUGGUUUUUCUUUCUCUUUUUUUUUGGUGUGUGUCAUGUAGCUGUUUUGGACUGACAUGAAGUUGUGUUGGUUGAUAUAUAAAAUCCUAGAAUGUUAUUGAUGUUUCUUGUGAGAUGCUUUUGUUUGUCUUGGUUCUUUUUCAUGAGAUCCGGUUGGUGCGGUCGAAACAUUUGUAGAUGAGGAGCGUUUAAAGCGGUUGGUUUUGUCACAAUGUG